AGAGGAAGGGAAAAAGGUAGGAGGUUGUUGUAUAUUGUACAGAGGCGCAUUAUAGCAGAAUGCGUUGGCGUUAGGGGGUGGAGCCCACUGGCGGUUCAGCGACAUGCGGUUCCGGCUCAGGACCUCGUCCUCAAUCGGUCCACUCCGCUUCUCGGAAAUUUCUUCACCUCUUACCUUUUCCAUUUCCACCUCCUUCAAUUUCAACACGUCAUGCUUCCUUCAACUCUCGCUUGACCAGGUUUCCGAUUAGUCGCCGAUCUCUUCUUCUGCUCGCGAUCAAUCUCCGAUUGUGGUCUAGGGCACAGAGACAGAGAUCACCAUGUCCUUGUCGGAUUCCGAUUCCUCCUCUUAUGGCAGUGAAUACAAAAAUCUCAAACAAGUUAGCCGUGAGCGAUUAUUACAUGAAAUGCUAAGGUCAGCAAAAACAGGGGACUCAAAAUCUACAUGGAAGGUACUAAUAAUGGACAAACUUACUGUAAAGAUAAUGUCUCACUCCUGCAAAAUGGCUGAUAUCACCGAUGAAGGUGUUUCAUUGGUUGAAGACAUAUACAAGCGAAGGCAGCCACUGCCGACCAUGGAUGCUAUAUACUUCAUCCAGCCAACCAAAGAGAAUAUAAUUAUGUUUUUGUCAGACAUGUCUGGAAGGAAACCCUUAUACAGGAAGGCAUUUGUUUUCUUUAGUUCAUCAAUUGCCAGAGAAUUGGUAAUGGACAUUAAAAAAGAUGCACAGGUAUUGCCUCGUAUAGGUGCUCUGAAAGAGAUGAACUUGGAAUAUUUUACCAUAGACAGUCAGGGUUUCAUUACAAACAAUGAGAGAGCUUUAGAGGACCUAUUUGGGGAUGAGGAGAAUAAUCGUAAAGCUGUUGCAUGUUUAAAUGUGAUGGCUACUCGGAUUGCUACAGUUUUUGCAUCAUUAAGAGAAUUUCCUCUUGUUCGCUUUCGUGCUGCCAAGUCCCUAGAUGCAACCACAAUGACUACUUUCCAUGAUCUUAUUCCUACAAAACUUGCUGCUGGUGUCUGGGACUGUCUUAUGAAAUAUAAAAAAACUAUACCUAAUUUUCCUCAGACUGAGACCUGCGAGUUGCUCAUCAUUGAUAGAACUGUUGAUCAGAUUGCUCCUGUGAUACAUGAAUGGACAUAUGAUGCCAUGUGCCGUGAUUUGUUGAAUAUGGAGGGAAAUAAAUAUGUUCAUGAGGUUCCUAGCAAGACUGGUGGUCAACCUGAGAGAAAAGAGGUUCUCUUGGAGGAUCAUGAUCCUAUAUGGCUUGAACUCCGUCAUGCACAUAUUGCAGAUGCUAGUGAACGGUUGCAUGAGAAGAUGACCAGCUUUGUUUCAAAGAACAAAGCUGCACAAAUCCAACAUGGUUCAAGAAGUGGCAGUGGUGAAAUGUCAACGAGGGACUUACAGAAGAUGGUUCAAGCACUUCCACAAUACAGUGAACAAAUUGACAAACUCUCCCUCCAUGUAGAGAUUGCAGGAAAAAUUAAUAGAAUCAUUAGGGAAUCAGGACUAAGGGAACUUGGGCAGCUGGAGCAAGAUCUUGUUUUUGGAGAUGCAGGAAUGAAAGAUGUGAUCAAAUUUUUGACUACAAAAGAAGAUACAACUCGUGAAAAUAAGUUGCGCUUGUUAAUGAUUCUUGCAGCCAUAUAUCCUGAGAAAUUUGAGGGUGAAAAGGGUCUGAACUUGAUGAAGGUAGCUAGGUUGACAAAUGAGGAUGCGAUUGCCAUAAAUAAUCUGAGAAUGCUUGGGGGAGAACCUGAAACUAAAAAACACUCAACCGGUGCUUUUCCUCUUAAGUUUGAUAUGCACAAGAAAAAGCGUGCAGCAAGGAAAGAUCGUACUGGUGAAGCAGAGACAUGGCAGCUGUCACGUUUUUAUCCCAUAAUAGAGGAACUCAUCGAAAAAGUUAGCAAAAAUGAAUUAUCAAAAGAAGACUAUCCAUGUCUAAAUGACCCUAGUCCAACUUUCCAUGGUACACCUUAUGCUGGAUCAGUAACUCAAAAUCCUCCUGCUCAAUCAAUGAGAUCAAGGCGCACAACAAAUUGGGCUCGACCUAGAGGCUCUGAUGAUGGAUAUUCAAGUGAUUCGGUGCUUAGACACGCAUCCAGUGAUUUCAAGAAGAUGGGGCAGCGAAUAUUUAUUUUUAUUGUUGGUGGAGCAACCAGAUCUGAGCUUAGGAUUUGCCACAAGCUUACUGGUAAACUGAAGAGGGAAGUUAUUCUGGGCUCGUCAAGUCUUGAUGAUCCUGCACAAUAUAUUACGAAGUUGAAGAUGCUAACAGCACAGGAACUUUCAUUGGAUGAUCUUCAGAUAUGAUGUUACGGACUUGAAAACUGGAAGAUCAUCUUCUGCUUGUCAAAUAUACGUGUUGUAACCAUAUUGUUUAUUCAUCUCAUGAACAUUCUUUGGACAUUUGACCUGUGGUACGGCCGAGCCAUUGAAUGUCAAAUUGUGCAUAUGGUAGGAACUUUUCGUUGUUAGAAACAUUUUUUCAAAAAAAAUUCUGGUAAAGGGUAUUCAUUUGAAUAACACUGUUUCAUUAAAGCCGUUUUUCUUUUGCAAUGACACACUGAUACUUAAGCUAGGUGGUAGAUGAGUGCGUGGAUUUGGAAGUGUUUCUUCGAGAUUAUAUAAAUAAAUAUGACGUCAGUUUGUUGGAGU